GGCUGCAGAAAAGCGAUAUGAGUUCACAUGGAAACAUUAAAAUUCGGCUUUUCAUUUUCUCUGCUCUUUGCACAUUCUUUAUUUAGACAUGAAGACUGCUAGAAUUUAGUAUAAUCAAUCAUUGUAAACGUACUCUUCAUACUUGGCACAUUUUCUUGAAUUUAUAAUGGGAUUGCACGUAUUUGGCGCAUUUGGCACUUUUUAUGCAUGCUUCUGCUUAUUGUUUGUGUUCCUGCAAAUUGCCAACUCCCAGAGGAACCCAGGAGCGCAACCAAGAAAUGACCAGAGAGGGGCUUUUCGGCAGACGCUGCAGUGGUCUCACAACGGGAAGGUUUUCAGCCUUUUAAGCCAGGGCUCGGAAUACGUGGCUCCGAGGCGCCAGGGCGCAGCGCAGGAGCAAGAGCAGGGGCGCCCCUUCACCAUCAUCCGGGAUGCAGACGUUAGACAUCAGGACGCCCGGAGUAAACCGCACCACCAGCAGCCUCCCCGCAGCCUCCUUACGCUCGUGAGAGGGCAAGAGCACCGGCAGCAUCUUCACCGGGAGCGACCAGCGGAGCGCACCAGGGCGCAGGGGAACCGCACAGUCAACGACACCCAGGAAAAUGCCAGUCUCAGCCCGCCUCUACCCAGAGUAAAUGACAUGAUGGUCGGUGAUGACCCGUACGAUCCAUACAAGUCCAUCGACUAUGAUAACCCUUAUUACAAUCAUUACGAUGUUUACGAGAGACCGAGACCGAGGUCAAGACCCGGAUACGGCACAAGGUAUCAUCAGUACGGUCUCCCUGAUCUUGUGCCAGAUCCAUACUAUAUUCAAGCCUCUGCUUAUGUCCAAAGAGCACCGAUGUACAACCUGAGAUGUGCAGCUGAGGAAAACUGUUUGUCAAGCUCAGCUUAUAGAGCGAGAGACUAUGACACCCGAGUGCUGCUGAGGUUUCCUCAAAGAGUCAAGAACCAGGGCACUGCUGACUUCCUCCCCAGCAGGCCACGCUACUCCUGGGAGUGGCACAGCUGCCACCAGCACUACCACAGCAUGGAUGAGUUCAGCCACUAUGAAUUGCUGGAAUCCACCACUCAGCGGUCGGUGGCAGAGGGCCACAAGGCUAGCUUCUGCUUGGAAGACACCUCCUGUGACUAUGGAUACUACAGGAGAUAUGCCUGCACGUCACACACCCAGGGUCUGAGCCCAGGAUGUUAUGAUACAUACAACGCAGACAUCGACUGUCAGUGGAUUGACAUCACAGAUGUGAAACCUGGACAAUAUAUCCUCAAGGUCAGUGUAAAUCCUUCCUAUCAGGUUGAAGAAUCGGACUACUCCAACAACAUUGUUCGUUGUGAUGUACAAUACACCGGCAACUAUGGUUAUGUGUCCGGUUGUCACAUGUCAAGUUAUUAAGACAGCAGUAAUCCACUGAUAUUCAGCAAGUUUACCCUGUGAAUGACUGAUGAGGACUACCAACAAGGGGCGUGCGAAAAAAAAUAUGUGACAUACAUUCAUUCUAGGAUAAAAAAUUGAGAAAAAACAAAAAACAUAACCAUCAGAUAUUAUGGUACCAGGUUAUAUUGAAUCCUUCGUGCUUUAUUAGGAAGAGUGCAGUUUUACCUUUAUUUUUUUAUUUCCCAUAUACUGUAUGCCUGGAUUGUAAGACACGUAAAACAACAACUCUAUUAAAUUCAUGGGCUUAGAGAAGAGAGAUAAAAACUCAGUAUAUCACAGCAAAAAAUGGCUAUGUAAAAGGAAAGCACAUUACACAUAACACUCUUUAUUCUGAAGCUUUUGAUAGAGAUUUCUUAAAUAAAUUUGAGGGGACAUUGUCGUAUACUUCUAGUUGUUUAUAUGUCUUAUUUUACCUUUUUUGCUGUAUUGUAAUAAAUUGUAUGCAAUCAACAAAGAAAAAAAAAACUGUCCUGUGUUGGCAAACUUCCUGCAUUUUGUCAAAGAACAAAGAACAACAGUCAAGUUUUUCCUCAAAAUAAAACAAUAAAUUUUUACUAAAUUACUGAUAA